UAGAAAAUCUUAGGAAAAAGAGGAAGAACAAAACUGAGUUCAAGGAAAAAAAAAAAAGGAAGGAUCUUUCUCUAAUUUGUACUACUAUAAACUCAAGGAAGCUCUGUUGUUUUCAAGGAAGUUUGUUUCAUCUUGUCAUUGUCAGUAGACAGCAGAACCUACUCCAUUGCUGUAAACUGCCGUGUUUCACAGAACACUAAGCCACCCUUACAGGAGAAUUUUUCUGCCAUCAUUUUAUCUGAUUCAUUACAUACUAGCUAAAGAUUUGAUGCAGGAAGGACAUUUAGCUUUACACUUUGCUUGUUAUACACAAUUCCAUACUCCUACACCCCCCUUCCACCCAGUCUGUCCAUCCCAGGAGAGAACUUCGUAGUAGCAUAUUUUUGGAAAGUCAAAUACUUCUACAUUUUUCUAUAAACAAUCUCAAUCUCUUUCAGGUACAGUAUAAAAUCAGUGAGAUACUAAAUAAAAAUAUAAUUGAAAGGAAAACUACAGUAUGUACAUCAGACAAGACUUGGAUGACUUGCACAGCAAGUGAUGCAUCUCUGCCUACGGAAAACCCCAAAUCGCCAUCUUCUAAGAGAAAAGUUCACUUUGACCAACAACCCUGUUCUGAGGAGCAUGAGGAAGCACAUUCCAAUCUUGUAAAUGCGGUCAGUGACAUUAAAAAAUCGCAUAGGAUUUCACUGCAAAGUACAGCAACUGAAAAGGUUGAACAUUCAGAAGAUCUACUUGGAAACAAAAGGUUACUUGCAAUGAAGAAUGAAUAUAAAUGUGGACAUUUGGUAUCUGGCACUGAUCUGGAGACAGAAAGGUUGAAUGCUGCUCAGGAGAAGGUAAUUUGGAGUAAAUCUAAACUUCCUGUACCUUCUCCCAAAUAUGGGAAAGAAUUUCAUAAAACAGAUGAUACUAACUAUACUACCAAGUUGCUGAAACAAGAAUUUUGGAAGUCAGUCAGUACUGACUCAGAUUUGCUAGCACAGAAUACAGAAAAACCUGUCUUUUUAUAUGGAGAAAAACUAAAUAACUUAAAAGAAGUUGCAGAAACUGUGACCUCUUUAAAUGAAUCACAUAUUACUUUAGCUCCACUUAAAGAAAGUCACCUACAUUUUAUUAAAGAAUUUUAUAGAAACUCUGAAAGUGCCAAUGUUUGGGGUUCUUCUACAACAGUACGCAAUGAAAAAGCAGAAUCUGAAAACCAAAAUGUACAUAAAGACUUCAAAAGUGAAGGUGACAGAUUCCAGGUUAAUUCUUUCUGCAAAAUGGUGAAAGAUAAGCUACUAAUGCUUGAUCACAAAGAGCAACUAGAAAAAGAAAAAGAACACCUGACUGUCUUAAAUCAGACACCACCGAGGCUAGGAAAUCAGAAGUUGAGUGAAAUCACAGUAACCUCUGAGGACGAUGGGAAAACUGAAGCAUUGCAAAAGUCUCUGAAAAAUUCUAAGCAUUUGCAAAAAAGAGUACAAGAUCUUCAGAAUGAAAAUUUAGCUCUCAAGAACAAAGUCAAACCUCUUGCUGUUAUCAUACAGUCUUUGAAAGAAAAAAUAUCAAACUGUGAUAUGCAAAUUAAGCAUUUAGCUAAAGAAAAGAAAAGCAUGCUAAAGCAGUUGGUUAAAUCACAAGAAGACAACAAGGAAUGUAUUAAGGAAGUAAAGAACUUAUUAAGAAAAUGUAAAGAACUGAAGAAACAGAAAAUAAUCCUUGAGGAAGAGAACAGUCAACUCCAUCAUGGAAACCAACAAACAAUACAAGCACUACGUGAUUUUCAAAUUAGAAACAAGAAAUUAGAAGAAAAGAUGACUACUACUAACUGUGAAAAAGGGAAGCUCAGUGCAGUGCUAGAGUGCUUGCAAAAGGAAUACUCCAUGGUACAAGAAACAAAUAAAAAACUUGAGAUAAAAAUAUCCCAGCUUAUAGAAGAAAAGAGUUCCCUAGAGCAAGAACUUGAAGGAAAUCAGAAUGAAAUACAACAAAUGAAGGAAAAAGAAACUGCAAUGAAAUCUGAACAGGAGACUCAUCUUCAAUUAAUGCAAACGCUGGCACACAAGAAACUUAACCUUGAAACGAGCCUGCAGGAAUGUUCUAAUGCUAAACAGAUGCUGCUGAAGGACUUUAAGAAAGUCCAGUCAGAUAAAGAUUAUACAGAAAAGAAACUUAUGACUGAACUCAGAAAUGCAAAAGCAGAUAUUGAUCUUUUGAAGUCUAACUUGACCAUUGCAAACAGAGAAUGCAAGAGGUUAUCGACAGUAAUAACAAACGUCACAGAGGAAAAUCAGUUACUUAAGGAAGAACUACAGGAACAUAGACAAGAUGCUUUCAAAUAUGAAAGUGACAUUCGAAAACUGAGUGAAGAACGCUUAAUAUUAGAAAAUCACCUGUGGACUAUUGAAAAUGAGAGAGAUGUAUUACAGUUUGAAUUCCACCAUUUGCAUAAGGAUUACGUUUAUCUCCGAGGCCAAGCUACAGCUCUAGUCUGGGCACAAAGUACACCCAAUUCCAGUUUGGGCACCAUGCAAGAUGACUGUUCUGAAUAUUCCUCUGGAAUUUGUAAAGAAAUUCCUGAUUCUCAGUAUACAGCUCUGGAGUACCUUUCACAAGGGGAUGACAAGAUUACUGAAACACAGCAGAAAAAUUGAAAAGGAAGAAGUACAUAAGGUAAAACUUCAGAGCAGUCUCCAUCAGCUGUACUAUAUCAGAACAAGAUAGGAGGAAGUACAGUGCAGAUCAAUCU